AUGGUAAAGGUGGCGGCGGCGUCGCUGGCAUCACUGGGCGUCACUGGUGGCAGCCGUAGUGCUGGGGGCAGCCGCGGUGCUAGAGACGCUGCGCGGCGCUGGGCGGCGCGGGGCGGUACCGGGCGGUACGGGUGGUACCGCGCGUCGCUGGGCGGUACCGGGCGGUACGGGCAGUACCGCGCGUCGCUGGGCGGUACCGCGCGUCGCUGGGUGAUGCCGGGCGGUGUAGCGCGUCGCUGGGCGGUGCCGGGCGGCCGAGCCGAGCAGCCACUCGUUGGGCAGCGAAUGCUUGCCCAGGCGGUGGUUGUGGCGGCGAGUGCUUAUCCAGCGCGCGUGGGGGCGCGUGGGGCGGCCCUGGGCGGCGAUUGGCGGCGUGCAGCAGUGCGUAGCAGCCCGUGGUGCUGCUUGGCGCUGCUGGGCCGGCCAAGCCGCGGCGCGUUGGGCGGCGGGUGCUCGCCCGAGCGCUGGGUGUGGCAGCCGCGGGCAGCUGGUCGUGCUGUGGCGGCCGCGGCAGCUGCUGGCGUUGGCUGGGUCGGCGGCUGCUGCUGCUGGCAGGGCCGAGCUGCUGUGGCGGCUGCUGUGGCGAUUUUGGUGCUUGACCGUUGUGGGCCGUUGGAUCAAGGGGAUCUGACGGUGGAGGAUGGGCGAGAAGGGAGAGAGAGCAGCAACUUCUGUGGCAAAUGUCUAGGCAGCUUGGGCGCUCUGAGUGGCAGGCAGCAUUCUCAUGGCGUUUUUAGUGGUCCUUUGGUGGUGCCGAAGCAGCAAGCCAAAGGAGGUAAAAAGCCCUUGUGA